UCUGUUCAGUGUGGAGCCCUCCUGCCAGUAAAUGGUUUUUCUCCAGAAUCAUGCCAGAUAUUUUUUGGAGUCACUGCCUGCCUUUCUCAGGGUGUUGGUACAAGCUGGAGCUCUUUGUUGGAGUCUUCCAGAGAUCUCCCAGGGAGAGGUAGGGAAGUGAGAUUGUGCCAGCAGAAGUUGGGAAGCACAGACACCAUCUGCCUUCUUCUGACCCGGUACUGAUGCAGGCUGAGGCCUCUAAUGUAAUGUGCUGGGUAUCAUCUGCAGACCGAAGUGCUCUGUGGGCUUUGGUGACGUUCUAUGGGGGGGAUUGUCAGCUGAUCCUCAAUAAGAAGUGCACACAUUUGAUUGUUCCUGAACCAAAGGGGGAAAAAUAUGAAUGUGCUUUUAAGCGAGCAAGUAUUAAAAUUGUGACACCUGAUUGGGUCCUGGAUUCUAUAGCUGAUAAAACUAAGAAGGAUGAAGCAUUUUAUCACCCUCGCUUAAUUAUUUAUGAAGAAGAGGAGGAGGAGGAAGUGGAAAAUGAGGAACAAGAUUCUCAAAAUGAGGGUAGUUCAGAUGAAAAAUCAAGCCCUGCCAGUUCUCAAGAAGGAUCGCCUUCAGGUGACCACCAGUUUUCACCCAAAUCAAAUACCGAGAAAUCUAAAGGGGAAUUGAUGUUUGAUGAUUCUUCAGAUUCGUCACCCGAAAAGCAAGAGAGAAAUUUAAACUGGACCCCAGCUGAAGUCCCACAGUUAACUGCAGCAAAGCGCAGACUACCUCAGGGAAAGGAACCUGGAUUAAUUAAUUUAUGUGCCAAUGUACCACCGGUCCCAGGUAACAUUUUGCCACCUGACAUCCGGGGUAAUUUAAUGGCUUCGGGACAAAAUCCCCAGAGCUCGGAACGAUCAGAAAUGAUAGCUUCUUGGAGUCCAGCUGUGCGGACAUUGAGAAAUAUUACUAAUAAUGCUGACAUUCAGCAGAUUAACCGACCUUCAAAUGUAGCACAUAUCCUACAAUCUCUUUCAGCACCUACAAAAAAUUUAGAACAGCAGGUGAAUCAUAGCCAACAGGGACAUGCAAAUGCAAAUGCAGUGCUGUUUAGCCAAGUGAAAGUAACUCCAGAGACACAUAUGUUACAACAGCAACAUCAGACCCAGCAGCAGCAGCAGCAGCAGCAGCAGCAGCACCCUGUUUUCCACCUCCAACCCCAACAGCUUGUGCAGCUCCAGCAACAACAGCAACAGAUUCCUCAACAGCCUUACCCCCAGCCACGGCCCCAUCCGUUUUCACAGCAGCAGCAAAUCCAUCAGCAUCAGUUUCCACAGCAACAGUUGCAUCCUCAACAGCAGCUGCAUCGCCCUCAACAGCUACAGCCAUUCCAGCAACAGCAUGCCCUUCAGCAACAGUUACAUAAGCUGCAGCAACAGCAACAGUUAGCACAGUUACAACAGCAACAACAGAACCUGCUACAACAUCAACAACAGCAGCAACAAAUUCAGCAUCAGUUACAGCAGCAGCAGUUUCAGCGCCUACACCACCAACAGCAGCAACAGCAAAUGCAAACUCAAACUGCACACUUGAGUCAAACAUCCCAGACACUACAGCAUCAGGUUCCACAGCAGCAGGUUCAGCAGCAGCAGCAGGUUCAGCAGCAGCAGCAGGUUCAGCAGCAGCAGCAUCAGGUUCAGCAGCAGCAGCAGCAGCCACAGCAUCAUCAGCUUUUUGGACAUGAUCCAGCAGUGGAGAUUCCAGAAGAAGGCUUUUUGCUGGGGUGUGUAUUUGCAAUUGCAGAUUAUCCAGAACAGAUGUCUGAUAAACAGCUGCUGGCCUCCUGGAAAAGGAUCAUUCAAGCACAUGGGGGCACUGUGGAUCCUACGUUCACUAGUCGAUGUACACACCUUCUUUGUGAGAGUCAAGUCAGUAGUAUGUAUGCACAGGCGAUAAGAGAAAGGAAAAGAUGUAUCACUGCACAUUGGUUAAAUACAGUCUUCAAAAAGAAGAAAAUGGUGCCACCUCAUCGAGCCCUUCAUUUCCCAGUGGCAUUCCCACCAGGAGGAAAACCAUGCUCACAGCAUAUUAUUUCUGUGACUGGAUUUGUUGAUAGUGACAGAGAUGACCUAAAGUUAAUGGCUUACCUGGCAGGUGCCAAAUACACAGGUUAUCUGUGCCGAAGCAACACCGUCCUCAUCUGUAAAGAACCAACUGGGCUAAAGUAUGAAAAAGCCAAAGAGUGGAGGAUACCGUGUGUGAAUGCCCAGUGGCUUGGAGACAUUCUUCUUGGGAACUUGGAAGCACUGAGGCAGAUUCAGUAUAGCCGUUACACAGCCUUCACGCUGCAGGAUCCAUUUGCCCCCACUCAGCAUUUAGUUUUAAAUCUUCUCGAUGCUUGGAGAGUUCCAUUAAAAGUGUCAACAGAGUUGUUGAUGGGUGUAAGAUUGCCUCCCAAACUGAAACAGAAUGAAGUAACUAGUAUCCAGCCUUCUUCCAAAAGGGCCAGAAUUGAAGAUAUACCACCUCCAACUAAAAAGUUAACACCAGAAUUGACCCCUUUUGUGCUUUUCACUGGAUUUGAGCCUAUCCAAGUUCAACAGUAUAUUAAGAAACUCUAUAUUCUUGGCGGCGAGGUGGCUGAGUCUGUGCAGAAAUGCACACAUCUCAUUGCCAGCAAAGUGACGCGCACCGUGAAGUUCUUGACGGCCAUUUCUGUGGUCAAGCACAUAGUGACUCCAGAGUGGUUAGAAGAAUGUUUCAAAUGUCAGAAAUUCAUUGAUGAGCAGAGCUACAUUCUCCGAGAUGCUGAGGCUGAAGUGCUAUUCUCUUUCAGUUUAGAAGAGUCCUUAAAAAGGGCGCAUGUCUCUCCACUAUUUAAGGGGAAAUAUUUUUAUAUCACCCCUGGAAUUUGUCCAAGCCUUUCAACUGUGAAAGCUAUAGUGGAAUGUGCAGGAGGAAAAGUGUUAUCUAAGCAACCGUCUUUUCGGAAACUCGUGGAGCACAAGCAGAAUAAGAGUUUGUCCGAAAUAAUCUUAAUAUCCUGUGAAAAUGACCUGCACUUAUGCCGAGAAUAUUUUGCCAGAGGAAUAGAUGUGCAUAAUGCAGAGUUUGUUCUCACUGGAGUACUGACACAGACACUGGACUAUGAAUCAUACACAUUUAAUUGAUGCUACCUAAGCUGCCGUUGCCUCUGGCGUGCUGGGGCGGGUCUGGCCGUUGGGCCGUUGGAUCAAGUGCCAGGGCUUCCACAGAUGCUCUUGUUUUCCAGCUGCUUUCUGAGGGGAUGAGCGUUUUCACGCCGGAAAACAAAUAUAAUAAAUUAACUGCAUCUUAUUAAGAUGUGUGAUUUUAUUCUGAGGAAACAUAAAUUAUGUUUUGUAUUAUAUGAAUUUAAGAGCCCACAUUAGGUUUUAUGAUUCAUUUGCCAGGUUUUUAAAUGUUUUCACAAAACUUACAGAACUUCAGCUACAAGUAAAAUGAUGUAAAUAAAGAACUUGCUAUCUCUAAAUUAUGGAUGUUAAAGAAAUAAACUGUUUUGUACUUUGA